GGCGCGGCGGGGCUGGGGGACACCAUGGCCUUGCGGUGGUGGUGGUGGUGGUGGCGGUGCGGCGCCUCGUCCCGCCGGGCGCCGCCGCUCGGCUCCGUGCCGCGCCCCGGCCCCCGCGCCCCGCCGGCCCCCAGCGCGAUGUGUCACUUUACCCAAAGAAGUUCAGCUUUGUCGUUUCCAAAAAUAUGUAAUGUAUUUUGGCGGUUUCAUCAUACAAGUAUAUCCCACUUGUGCAGCUGCAGUAAGACAGUUAGUGAUGAAAAAUACCAAGACCCUUUUCAACUUGGUAGAAAAGACUUGAAGAAUCUCUAUGAAGAUAUUAAAAAGGAAUUACUUGUCUCUGCAUCAGAACUUAAGGAAAUGUGUGAUUAUUACUUUGAUGGGAAAGGAAAGGCCUUUCGACCGAUGAUUGUGGUGCUAAUGGCUCGGGCUUGCAACAUUCACCAUAAUAAUUCCAAGGAAGUGCAAGCAAGCCAGCGCUCUGUGGCCAUAAUUGCUGAGAUGAUCCACACAGCCAGUCUAGUUCAUGAUGAUGUUAUUGAUGAUGCAAAUUCUCGCAGAGGAAAAAGGACGCUUAAUCAAAUCUGGGGAGAGAGGAAGGCUGUUCUAGCUGGUGACUUCAUCCUCUCGGCUGCUUCUGUAGCUUUAGCACGAAUUGGAAAUACUACUAUCAUCUCUGUUCUAACUCAGGUGAUUGAAGAUCUGGUGCGUGGUGAAUUCCUCCAGUUGGGUUCCAAGGAGAACGAGAAUGAGAGAUUUGCUCACUACCUCGAGAAGACUUUUAAGAAGACCGCGAGUCUUAUAGCAAACAGUUGUAAAGCAGUUUCAAUUCUAGGCUGCCCUGAUCCCAAAGUUCAUGAGAUUGCAUACCAGUAUGGAAAAAAUGUUGGCAUAGCUUUUCAGCUAAUAGAUGACGUGCUGGAUUUUACAUCGUGUGCUGACCGUCUGGGGAAGCCAACAGCAGCAGAUCUCAAGCUUGGAUUGGCCACAGGCCCUGUCUUGUUUGCUUGUCAACAGUUUCCAGAAAUGAAUGCUAUGAUAAUGAGGAGAUUCAGUAAGCCAGGAGAUGUUGAACGUGCUUGGAAAUAUGUGUUGCAGAGUGAUGGUGUGCAGCAAACAACCUACCUCGCCCAGCGCUACUGCCACGCGGCCACGCGAGAGAUCCGCAAACUGCGGCCGUCCCCCGAGAGAGAAGCCCUCGUCCACCUGACAGAAAUGGUUCUCAUGCGAGACAAGUGAGACAACUCCUUCCACUCGUCCUGGCAGCUACUUACCAGACUGUGCCUACAUUUAUUUCAGAAGUUAUUUGCUUCCAACACAGGCUACCAAAAAUUAUUUUUUUAAAAAAAACUCUUUUUUUUUGACAUUCUACCUUUUUUUUUUUUUUUUUUUUAAACAAAAGUUCAGAGUGUUUUACUGCAGGAAGCAAUGCAAUUCAGAGCAAAUCAAACUGUGCUAUACAAUUGUUUUAGGGGGGGGCUGUUGAUUGUGGGGGAUGGGGAAGAUGUUUACAUGUUGAUGCACAAAGGCCACAAUGACAAUAAAUAUAAAUCAGUGUAUGAGAACUGAAGUUGUUCCAAAUUUCACUUGUUUACACUAAUAAACAGAGCAUGCAUGCACAGGAGCUGGUAAACUCCUGUGAAGCGAGAUGGUUUGAAUGCUUCCCUGGCUGUUUAACAACAGAAGCAACUGGAACUGUACAUACAAUACUGGUUUAGUAUAAAAGACUAUCUGUAGAUUUUAAUUGGUUAUAUACAUCAGUGAGUUCCAAUUCAUAAUGAAAUACAGGUAUGCUAUUGGUGGCUACCUGCUAGCAGUUAACAAGAUGCAGAAUCUGAGAUUGCUGCAGUUCAGAUAAUGAAAGGCUCAGUAUUUGUAACUCACACUAAAACUGAUUCACCAGCCAGUCAAACCUGAACUCUAUCCCCUUCCAUCACUCAUUUAUAGAGUAUAUUCGGUACCCUUCUAGAAGCCUGCUUUGAAGUCCCAGACACAUUCUUCUCACAGUAAUUAUCCAGUACUACCACAUUCCUUUUCAGGUUAUUUCAGCCACAGAAUCUGUAGAACAGGGAGGCAACAAUCUCUAUCUCUGCCUGUGAUGCCUUAACACAAUGGCCAAGUUUCUGUCAUAUGUGUUCCCCCUGGGUGCUCUCUGGAGGACACCUUGCUGUCUCAUCUCAGCAGGGCACAUCACCAAGCCACACACAGUUUCCUCAGAGAACAGUAAGUUACAGAUGGUGUCCAAGUUUUACUGCAUCGAGAUAACUAGAUUAAAUCAAGAAUCCUUGCUAUAAUUAAAUGUUGGAAGGAAAAGAACUUUUAAGAGUAUGUGUAAAGGUGUAAUUCAGGGUUUCAGAUCUAAUUUAUUUUCCCUCUGUGUGAUAAAUUCAUGUUACAAACAUUUGCUUUUCACUACAUUGCCUGGGAUGACACAGCCAUGAUUUUGCUACCUUAGCAUUCCAAACUUUUUUGCCAAACCAACCAACAAAGUAAUGGACAAGACCUUUGGUUCACUUAUAUAUUUAUGAAUGGAAAAAAGUCAUAAUGUAAAUUUACUCAUUAAAAAAACUUGGGUACAAAUUACACAUACAUAAGACCACCCAUUUUCUGAUUCACAUGGACACCUUAGACCCAAACAACUCAUUGUAAUAGACUUUAGUGAGAAUACUCCAGGUAAAGAUUACAACAAUUGGAAGCAUCUUGGAUUUUUAAAAAAGUAUAUUUCAAUACAUAAGUUUGUAUGCAUGCUUUAAACAAAUAUAGUUCAAGAAUGAGCAAAGAGUCUAAACAAAAA